AUGGAAGAUGACAGUGGUGACGAAGUGAAUCAAGUGCUCGUGCUGAAGGAAUGGCACAGAAUGUAUUGGCAAGAUGAGUUUCUGGUUUGGAAUCCGGCCGAUUACGAUAAUAUCACUGAAAUUCAAGUACCUCGAAAUCUCAUCUGGUUGCCGGAUGUCACCCGAAUCGAUCUGCUGGAUCAGUACCAGGCAAUGAGAGACGAUCGAAGCUUCGCUCUGCUCGAUCACACCGGCUUUAUCCGACAUUCUGUGGCUCAAGUGGUGAAAGUGUUCUGUGGCUACAAGAUCACAAUGUAA